AUGAAGAAGUCCGUUGUCCGUGUACGGUUUUGUUGUAAGUGGAUGUAUUUGGCUAUGCUUAUUUUGCUAGCCAUCUUGAUUGGUCUCGAACUCCAUGUAUACGCGGAACUAAGGGCAAAAACUCUAGUACACAAAUCGGGACGAGGCCGACGCCACAGAGAGAUUGUUCGGACGAGUCAUCGUUUAAAACGAAGAACUUUCGUAUCAAAGGAAUUGGAAAAAGAAUUUGCCACUGGUGGAAAUAAGGACAAGAAGACGAAGAAAAGGUUAUUUCGUUCACGUCAAAGAGUGGAAGAAACCAUUGAAUUAAUCCAAGAUAGGAUGAAAAAUGGAAAAGGAGAUUCCAUUUAUUGUGAUGGAAAUUUAGAAGUGUUUAAUCUGGACAUGGUCUACAUGAAAAAUGUGCUUGUAGAUGCACGUCAACAGAAGAGUAAACCAAAUGGAGGCGAAGAUGUAAAAGAGGUUAUGGGUCAGUCUGAAAGUGUGGAAGAAGUUACAUUAAAACCGGGAUUUUUCCGAAUUCCUUGUGCAUCAACACCGUUACUGAAAUUUUCCACGAAGUCAUAUUUUUCGAAGUGGUACCUUACAGUUUCCGAAAGAGAAACUGAAAUCCCUCCAAAAUCCACCCAUAUAUCUAAUUUUACCGUUUUAAUCAAAAGAGGAGACUACGCCAAUAUGUACUGGACGUUAAUAGAAUUAUACAACACCUAUCUGUCUAUACGCUUAUUCGGCAAAGAUCCAAAAGAAACUACUGUCGUUUUUGUUGACGCACAUCCAUUAGGGAAGCUAGAAGAUCUCUGGACUCUAUUGUUCGGAAAAGUUAUUCGAGUACGGAGCAUGCGCGGUGAUAUAUUUAUAAAAGAAGUUGUCUGGGUGAUUCCUUUAUCAGCUUCGCCGAUUGGCCAAGCCAUUCAAAGUCUUCCCUUUCUACGUGAUUUUAAAAGUGCACUUUAUAAAGCUGCUGGGAUUGAUUCUAUUGUUCCUGUAUGUGAUAAAGGAAUUAGCAACACUAUUAUUACACUAAUUCUAAGACACGAUUACGUUGCACACCCACGAAACCCAUCAGGGACUAUUAAAAGGAAAAUACAAAAUGAGAAAGAGCUUAUUAAACACUUAGAUACAAAGUUUCCAGGAGGCCGUUUAAAUGCUGUUCAAUUGGAUAAAUUCUCUAUCAAGGAUCAAAUUCUAAUUAUAUACAACACUUCAGUUUUGAUAGGAGUGCACGGUGCUGGUUUGGCGUACACUCUGCUUUUGCGUCCGGGUGCUACCAUGCUUGAAAUGUUUCCAGCGAGCUACAAAAAAAUGCCGAACAAUCAUUUUCAACAGUUUGCGGAGUGGGGAGGGAGUUGGUAUGAAAGGUGGUUCAGUAAGGAUAAAUCACGCUCGAAUAACGAGUGGAUUAAAAUUCCAGUGGAAGUGCCUGAAAAUAUCAUUCAUCAAUCCCUAAAUCAGAUGUGCAAUAUGACAUCGCCAUAA